UCAAGCGCCUGAGAUCUUAGCGCACAGCUUAUCGCGAGACCUCGGAUCUUCCUUUUCCCUUUUCGCUCUGAGUCCAAGAUGGGAGUCGACAUCAGGCACAACAAGGACCGUAAGGUGCACAGGAAAGAGCCAAAGAGCCAGGAUAUCUAUCUGAGGCUCCUGGUCAAGUUGUACAGGUUCUUGGCCCGCCGCUCCAAUGCUCCCUUCAACAGGGUCGUCCUGAGGAGGCUGUUCAUGAGCAGGACCAACAGGCCUCCCAUUGCUGUCUCCCGCCUGAUCCGUAAGAUGAAGCUUCCCGGUCGUGAGAACAAAAUUGCUGUCGUCGUGGGAACAGUCACUGAUGAUGUCAGGAUUCAGGAUAUCCCCAAGCUCAAGAUCUGUGCUCUGAGGGUUACUGAUGGUGCCCGCCGUAGGAUCCUGAAGGCAGGAGGUCAGGUGAUGACCUUCGACCAGCUGGCUUUGGCUUCUCCCAAAGGACAAGGCACAGUGCUGCUGUCAGGACCCCGUAAAGCCAGAGAGGUUUACAGGCACUUUGGAAAGGCUCCUGGAACCCCUCACAGCCACACCAAACCCUACGUCCGCUCCAAGGGCAGGAAGUUCGAGAGAGCCCGUGGUCGCAGAGCCAGCUGCGGCUACAAGAACUAAUGCGUUUUUGUUUUCACUCUGAUACCAAUAAAAGGCUGGUUGUACAAAA